AUGCCGCACGUUACCCGCGCUCAACUAAGCAAAGUUCGAGAUAGAUCGCAAGCAGUUGCAUCUGCCGAACGGUUGCUUGAAUGUGUACCUCAAUGCAUGCUCACCUUCCCCGAGAUCUGCUCAGAAGACACUAUGUCGCUGUAUCUGCAAGAAGGAGCACAACUUGUGGAGAAACGAGCAAGAUCGUGUUCGGCAUGGAAGUGGCGCUAUGAUGGUGUCCAUCCUAGUCCGUUGCUUUUCCGAGGCGAUAGCGAUGAUGAGCCGACUUUGCACACGGUAGUUGAUUUUUCCAAUAAAAUCUGCCUGUUGGAGUAUUUUCUGGUGAUGAAAAGCUCCUACUGGAUUCUGCUAUUUCCAAGCAACCAUAAAGUUUUUGCUUUACCUUCAAUAUUCCUGGAUCAGAAUUAGCU